CCGCUCUAGCCUCCGCUCCUCUCGCUGGUGGAGGUUCCCGACCGCGCUCGCUCCCGCACCCGGAAGCCUGGCAGAAGAACCAAGGCCCACGGCGGUGGGCGGUCCGUUGGUCAGGCUCGGGCCUCUCGCUCGCCGCUGCGUUGGGACUGCGCAGGCCGGUAACUGCGCACGGCCGGCCGCCCGGAGGCCUGCGCCGUAGCUCUUCCUGGACCCGGGCUCCCAGGACGGCGCCUCCCGGAGUGCAGGGAGCAGGCCGAGGCCGCCGCGUGGGCCUGCGGCGUCCCGCCGCUCUCUCAUCCCCAAGCCCGGCACUCCCACUUGGGCUCCAGGGCCCCACGGCUCACGUGCCCCCAGCCUAAACCGAGUCGUUUUCCCCCGUUUCCCGGCUGAAUUAGGUUCUUAUUCUCCACAGGUGAAUAUCUCCUAUCUGCGUUCUCAUACUACCGCCUGAGGUGCCAUGGCCCCCAAGCCGGGGGCCGAGUGGAGCACAGCCCUGUCCCAUCUGGUGCUGGGAGUGGUGUCUCUGCACGCAGCCGUGAGCACAGCCCAGGCAAGUCGAGGGGCUGCUGCUGGCUUCCUGCUCCAGGUCUUGGCUGCCACCAUCAUGCUGGCCCCAGGGCUGAGCACACAUGAAGACUGUCUUGCUGGAGCCUGGGUGGCCACCGUCAUCGGCCUGCCCCUUCUGGCCUUCGAUUUCCAUUGGGUGAAUGGGGACCGCUCCUCUGCCAACCUGCUCCUGGGAGGAGGCAUGGUGCUGGCAGUGGCUGGUGGCCACCUCAGCCCUGAGGGCCGCUCUGUGGCUGGUCAGGCAAUGCUGUUGGUGGUCGCAGUGACCAUCCUCAUUGUAGCUGUCUUCACGGCCAACACUUAUGGGAUGUGGGGGGGGACGAUGCUGGGUGUGGCAGGCCUCCUGAGCCGGCUGGAGGAGGACAGGCUGCUGCUGCUACCGAAAGAGGAUAUCUGUCGCUGGGCCCUGGCUGCAGGCAGCUGGGCUUACUGCCGGGCCCUGCAUACACAGCGCCUGCAGUGGGAAUGACAGUUGGAUACAGCAAGGCAGGGUUUCUGCCCUGCUGAACACUUUCCCUCCCACCUGCCUGCUCCUGGCGCCUUCUCCCCUAGAGGUAGACUCUCCUGAAGUGGGCUUGCUGCACAUUCACUGGUCAGGAGCAGAGUCUGGGUGCUGUCCUUUGGCCACGUGUGGGGACUUGCCUAGACCAGAAUGAAACAGGGUCCCAGACACGUUUGGGGGACCUGAUUCUGGGCUGGACAUGGUUGUGGAUCCAGAGAAGAGACCUAGUCUCCAAUAAAUCUUAGGAAUUUUGCAGGAAUAUG